GCCACCCCGCUGCCGGUGGACAAUGGGAAGUCGGCGUCGCCGAUCCGGGAGCUUCUCCUUCAUGGAGGAGCAGCCGGAGGAGAAAGAAGAGGAGGGCGAGCUGCAAUGGCCCUUCGGCCGGCUCGACGCCCUCGGCAGGGACGAGCUCAGGGAGAGCGCUUAUGAGCUUUUCGUCGCCUGCUGCCGCUUCUCCCAGGGCUCCAGCGGCCGCGCCCCGCCCUCCCGCCACCCGGCCGACGGCAGCGACGCGGGGACGAAGGCCGGCGCUGGGAUCAUGUCAGCGACGAGCCGGGUGAAGGGCGCGCUGGGCCUUAGAGCGAGACUGGCGGGGCCGAUGAGGACCAUGGUCAACUCGGGAUCUCCGGUGACGCUGCCCUCGGCGGCAGGGACGGCGACAGCGUUGUCACCUGCCGGAAAGCCGAAGCAGCGGCCGAUGACGUCGGCGGAGAUAAUGCGGCAGCAGAUGGGGGUGACCGAGCAGAGCGACACCCGCCUGAGGAAGACCCUCAUGCGCUUCCUCGCAGGCCAGGUAGGCAGGCAAGCAGAGACGAUCAUCCUUCCGCUAGAGCUCCUCCGCCACCUAAGGCCACCUGACUUUGUUGAUUCUAACGAAUACCAUCGUUGGCAACGUCGGCAGCUCAAAAUCUUGGAAGCAGGACUCGUCUUGCACUCUUGGCCACCUUGUGACCGCUUGAACUCCUCAGGACUUCGUCUCAGGGAGAUCCUGACCGCGAGCGAGCUGAAGCCCAUCGACACCAGCAAGCACUCGGAGGCCAUGCGCAACUUGUGCAACUGUGUCAUGGCCUUAGCGUGGCGCUACCAGAAUGCGACUCCAGUUGAAGCGUGUCACUGGGCUGAUGGAUUCCCCUUCAACAUACAUCUCUACCUCUCCCUGCUUCGCUCCAUCUUCGACCUCAAGGAUAAGACAGUGAUACUAGAUGAGGUGGAUGAGCUGCUGGAGCUGAUGAAGAAGACAUGGGCAACCCUAGGGAUCAAUAAGAUGGUCCACACUGUGUGCUUCACUUGGGUCCUCUUCGAGCAGUACGUAAGGACCGGGCUAGUGGAGCCUGACUUGAUGGGUGCGACAUUGGCGCUGCUGGACGAGGUGGCCAACGAUGCCAUGAGGCCCGAAAGGGAAUCGGGCUACGUGAAGGUCUUACUCCCCACAAUGGCCUCGCUGAAGGCGUGGGCGGAGAAGAAGCUGUUGGACUAUCAUGAGGGGUUAGAGAAAGGAGGUAGGAUUGAAAUGAUGGAUAACGUGUUGUGUUUGGCAUUCUCGACGGCAAAGAUCAUCAGUGAGGAGACAUCGAGCAAUGCAAGUGUGGGGAUGCUUGUCAAACUUGACACCGGAGGAGAUGCGGACGAUUUCUCACCCAUAAACUGCGUAGAUCGAUUUAUUAGGGCUUCUUUGAAGUGCGCAUUCACCAAGGCACAAGAAAACUGUAAUGGAAAGGUUGAUAGCAGAGUGGUGGAUGAGGAGGAUCCGCAAGAGGCCUUAAUAAAACUGGCGAAAGAGACAGAGGAAUUGGCCCUGUUGGAGAAGGAGAACUACAGUCCAUUGCUAAAGAGGUGGUAUCCAAAUCCAACUGCUGUCGCAGUGGUGACCCUCCACAGCUGCUAUGGCGCCGUGUUGAAGCAGUACUUGCUCAAAACUUCAGUUCUAACAAAUGAGUUGGUCAGAGUUUUGCAUACCGCAGGGAAUCUAGAGAAGGUUCUGAUUCAAAUGGCAGCAGAGGAUUCCGUAGGGGCUGAAGGCGGAGGGAAGGGGAUCUUAAGCGAGAUGAUUCCCUACCAAGUAGACUCCAUCAUCUUUAACCUUAUCAAGCGUUGGGUAGACGAUAGACUGAGGAUGGCAAGAGGGUGCUUUAACAGAGCUAAGGAGACUGAGAGUUGGAAUCCCAAGUCCAAAUCAGAGCCAUAUGCGGAGUCUGCAGUGGAUCUAAUGCAGCUAGCCAAGAUGACGGUGGAUGAGUUCUUUGAGAUCCAAGUGGAAGCAAAAGAUGAAUUGGGCCGAGACCUUGCUGAUGGUUUGGAUACUCUGUUUAAGGAGUACUGCUCCUUUGCCGCAUCAUGUGGUUCAAAGGAAAGCUUUAUUCCAGCGCUCCCUCCGCUGACCAGGUGCAACCAGGACUCGAUGGUCGCCCAGCUGUGGAAGAGGGCGGCCGCCCCUUGCACUGUCGGCGCCGACCCCAGCCUCGUCCUCGUCUGCAGGCCCUUCCCGGCACCGGGCGACAGCACCACCAACCACCGCCACACUGCAAGCCGCGGCACCCAACGCCUUUGCGUCCGCCUCAACACACUCCAGUACUUUCUAGGCUGCCUCCACACCAUAGACGAGUCCUUCUCCUCCCAUUGUUCUCCCCUACCCUCCCACCGCCACUUUGACGGCGCCCACUCUUCCAUUCACUCUGUCAUCCUCCACGUAGCUGAGCUAGCCGCCUUCCGGCUCAUCUUCGUUGAUUCUUCUCACUCCUUCUAUGACUCGUUAUACUUUGGCAGCGUAUACCAUGCUCGAAUACAUCCGACCCUCCAAGUGCUAAACCAGAAUCUAACAUAUCUGACAUCGGUGCUAAUCGACGGGGCACAACCGCAAGCGGUGUGCGAAGUGAUGAAGGCGUCGUUCGGAGCAUUUUUGAUGGUGCUAUUGGCCGGAGGCAGCGGGAGGGCUUUCACGAGGGGGGACUACGACAUGUUGGUGGAGGACUUCAUGAGCUUGAAGCAUAUGUUUCUGGGGUGCGGGAAGGGGCUGGUGGCGGAGGAGGUGGUAGAACAACAAGCGGAGGUGGUGGAGGGGGUGUUGGCGCUGAUGAGACUGCCGACAGAGAAGCUGGUGGAAGACUUCAGCAUCGCGGCAUGCGAGGCCAGCGGGCUGGGGAGAUCGCUGGAGACGGUACCCAUGCCGCCAACUACAGGCAAGUGGCAUUGCUCUGACCCCAACACGAUGCUCCGGGUGUUGUGCCACCGGAACGACGACGCCGCCAACCGAUUCCUGAAGAAGGCGUUCGAGCUGCCGAAGAGGAGGUGAAAUCAGAUGAGCGGCUCGGUUUGUACGAGCGUUAGCCAGUAGCUGUUCUCACCACGUUCGACAUCAUCACUAGGACUGCAUCUUUCUCAGGUUCAUUAUUCUCAUGUCAACGUGUUAAGUCAACAGAUUCACAUGAUCGAGUCAACGAAUACCUUUUAUCAUUCAAUUCUAAGAGAAACGGUGAUGUAUAGGACCACGUCUUAAGAUUAAGACAUUUA